AAAGAAACAUUUUACACACUUCACGAGUAGAGUUUAGUUGUACCCUGGUUUUGUAGAACGGGUGAUGCAGAACGUCUGGCAGUGCAUUUGUCUUGUUAUCGUCUGGAUUCUUCGCCUGUAUGGUUUUGUCAGUGAAGCUGAUAUUCCCGAUAGAUACCUAAACUUGGUUACUUACCGGGUGAUAAAGGAUAUGACAUAUGGUUAGGAAACGCAAGAGGAAAUAUAUAUUCUAAGAAACACACCACUCUCUCAACGAAGACUUCCAAAUUUUGGGAUUUCAGGACGGGUGAUGCAGAUCGUCUGGCAGUGUCUUUGUCUAGUCGUCGUCUGGAUUCUUCGCCUCUCUGGUUUUGUCAGUGAAGCUGCUAUUCCUCAUCGAUACCUUAACACGCAUCAGCUGAUCGUCAAAUAUGGCUACCCGGCGGAGACUCACACAGUGACAACUGAAGACGGCUACAUCCUCACGAUGCAUCGCAUUCCUUACAGCCCAAAAUCCAACAGUACGGACACCAAGAGACCUGUCGUGUUCCUGCAACAUGGCCUCACAGGUUCUUCAGCUGACUGGGUCAUCCUUGGACCAAAUAAAUCCGUGUGUUACAUGCUGGCUGAUAAAGGAUAUGACAUAUGGUUAGGAAACUCAAGAGGAAAUAAAUAUUCUAAGAAACACACCACUCUCUCUACGAAGAGUUCCAAAUUUUGGGAUUUCAGCUGGCAUGAAAUGGGCAUAUACGACCUUCCAUCUAUGAUCGACUACGUAUUAAAUCGGACGAGUCAUCACAAUCUGCAUUAUAUUGGCAUAUCCAUGGGUACCACAAUGUUCUUCGUCUGCACAUCGAUGAAACCGGAAUACAACAGAAAAAUUCACCUCAUGAUUGCCUUGGCUCCUACUGCGUUUAUGGCCAAUUCAAAAACUCCACUUCAUAAGCUUAACUUGAUGAACAAGACAACCUUGCGAUUUCUGAGUUCACUGAAAAUAAAUGCAGUAAGAAGAUCAAAGUUUAUGGAUUUCAUAGCAGAAAAAGUAUGCACAGACGAAAAAGCCAGAAUAAUUUGCAGUUAUAUUAUUUUCGAGCUGUUCGGAUACGAUUACAAACAAUUAAACGAGUCCCUGCUACCUGUUAUGUUUUCUCUUAUACCGGCUGGAGCCUCCUGGAAAUCUUUCGUGCACUAUUUCCAAGAAAUGAUUACAGAUUCAGGAAAAUUUCUACAAUAUGACUAUGAGAAUUUGAACAUGGCAAAAUACCGACAACCGACGCCUCCUGAGUAUAAUCUACAAGCGGUCACUGCUCCAGUAGCUUUGUUUUACGGCAGUAACGAUCCGUUUGCAGACCCAACUGAUGUUCUAAAAUUGAACAACACUUUGCCAAAUGUUGUGGAACUGUACCGGGUCCCGUGGGAUCAAUUCAACCACAUCGACUUCAUAGUAGCAAACGACGUAAAUCCCUUAAUAAAUGAUCAUAUUAUUUACCUUAUGAAGAGAUUUAAAACUCUGACAUAAAAUCUAUCUAUUAUUUCAUUA